CCUCUGCAGAUGAUGGUCCUCAGGGUUCUGAGCUCGAUGCGCACCAGUCCUUCUCCAAAGCUCCUCGCCGCCUCCCAGAAAUCCGACUAGUUCUCCUGGGCGAACGGGAAACAGGAAAGAGCACCGCUGGGAACGCCAUCCUCAGAAAAGCGGGAUUCUUCCAAGCAGGAGCAGCAACAGAGGAGUGCGUCCGUCAGCAGGCGGAGGUGGCCAUGCGCCUGGUGACUCUGGUGGACACUCCGGGGUGGGAAGCUGGAGUUGCUGGUGCCACUCUGGAGAGGGUGAAGAGGGAGAUUGUGUGCAGCGUGGCUUUGUGCCCUCCCGGUCCUCACGCGCUGCUGCUGACUCUGAGGGUGGACACUCUGGUGACGGCAGGACAUGUGAGGGAGCAUCUGGAGCUCCUGGGGGAGGGUGUUUGGAGGCACACCAUCCUGCUGUUCACCCACAGUGAUCAGCUGCGAGACGGCGUGGAUAUGGAGCAGCACAUCCAGGGAGGGGGCCGGGACCUGCAGUAUCUGCUGGAGAAGUGCAGGGGCAGAUAUCACGUCCUCAGUGGGGGAGAUGGAGGAGGAGGCUCUGCCAACGUGCACGAGCUCCUGGAGAAAGUGGAGAGGAUGGCAACCAAGAACCGGUGUGAGGCCUUCUCCGGUUUGGUUCAGGACAUCAGGGAUUUGAGCCAACAACGGAAUGAAAGGUUCAACCAGCGCCUCAAAGAGAUCACAGACAAGAUGCUUCGCCAGGAGGCGGAGCUGAAGAAAAUGAGAGAAAGGGAGGUGAAGAGCAUCCGGUGGUUUUUCGACCGGAAGAAAAAAUCUAAGUCCCCUGGUAAGGCGGACAUUCAGCGGGAGGAGGAGGAGGACGAGGACAGGAGGGUGAGCGGGUCGAAGAAUGACAUCUGCGACCUCGAGGAGAGGAUGAGAUGGUUGACGGAGGACAGAGAAAGAGAGUUUCAGGACCUGAGCCUGGAAAACGAGAGGACCCACAUCGCUCUUCAGCAGAGCCAACAGGAAAAGGACAGGAUGACGCUGAACCUGGAGCUGAAGGAGAGAGAGAUCGAGGAGCUGAAGGAGAGGACGGAGGAGCAGCAGCUCAAGCUCCUGGAUCUGGAGCGCACCUAUGUGGAGCACGAACACCAGAGAAAGCAAAGGGAGGAAGAAUGGAGGAAACAAGUGAGAGAAAGGGUGGAGCUGCUCGUAAAAGAGAAAGCAGAAUUGACCAAAAAGCUGGAAUCCUUAGAAGUGGAUUUGGAGCAUACCAAAACACUCAGCAAUGAACUUCUCGAGAGGAAAGAGCAAGAAAAAAACAAAGAGAUGGAAGAACUGAAACGAGAGAUGAAUACAAAACUACUCCAAAAGGAGGAGGAGCAAGAAGGAGCAAAAAAGAAAGAGCAAAAAAUUCUAGAAGAUAUGAAACAGCAGGAAAAGAGAAAACUUGAUGAGAUGAAACGGCACCACGAGAAAGAGAUGGAAGAGAAAGACUUGCAAAUGAAAGCUUUAAAGCAGCAGCAUCAAGAGGAGACGGCGAGAACUUUGACACGGAACGAAAAGCUUAUGGAGGCACGGAAAGCUGAGCAGCAGGAGAGUGAAGACAAACUCAAGGAAAAAGCAGCUGAAAUAGAAAAAAUGAAGCAAAAAGUUAAGAUCCUCCAGCAGGAACAGCAGAGGGAGAUAGAGGAGCUGAAAGAACGGCUUCAAAAGGAAAAGUCUGAACAAGUAGAGGCAAAAACAAGAGAAAUGGCUACAUUGGAGGAGAGGUAUCGUCUACAAAUUGAAGCAAAAGAACUGGAGAACAACAAAGAGAAGGAGAGGAUUCAUCUUAGCUACAAAAAGGACAAAGAAGAGCUGAUCCAAAUGAAAAAUGGAGAGAUAGAAGCUUUCGAACUGAAGCAACGAGGAGAAAUAAGGGCUAAAAAUGAGAGAGAAGCUAAACUCCAGGAGGAAGUGGUUAAACUGAUGAAACAGAUCGAGGAGGUCAAAGAACAGUCCACUGAAAAAUUAAGAGGCAUGGAACAAGACAGGCAAAGAGAUGCAGAAGAGGUGAAGGAACAGCUAGCAAGACAAAUGAGUGAGCAUCUGCAGGAAAGACAAAGACUGAUAAGUGACUUGCAGCAGAAGCAUGGUGAGGAAAUGGAGAAGAUGAAGCUGGAACUGCUAAACAAGCUGAAGCAAAGCGAAGAACUGACACAGGAAAUGAGAUGUAAACUUGACAUGGAAACAGAAAAGUGCAUGGCAUACAAGACAGAAAUGGAGCAAAAGAUGGAGGAUAAAGACAUCAAAAUUGCAGAGAUGAAAGGAAGUAUCCAAGAAAUGACAAAUGAAAU